AUGUCAAACCCCGAGCAGCAGCAGCUGUCUGCCGUGGACGAGCUGUUGAAGCAAGAUCCCACGGAGGGUCCUGCAGAUGAAACGAUGAUGGAUGCAUUCUCCGUGGCACCGACCAGUACGGCACCACCUGUGGAGGACCAGGAAGACAGUUUGAAGCUGUUGAAGGACUGCUUCGCAGGCUAUGGCAGCCCCGGGAACUUUUUGUCCGAACGCUUGGCCCUGCAGUCCAGUCGAGACGAGUUCGCUGCCUGGCUCGAGACCCAGGUCGGCAGGAACCACGCCGUCGACUACCUCGAUGAUUACGUCAAAUGGCAAGGAGCAGACCGAGGCCAGGAGGACCAGGCCCCGGUGUUGACGGUGGAGAUUCAGAAGUUUGCCUUUGAGAACUGCAGCCGCAAUGGGCCCGUCCAGCUGCACAAGGCCAUGCUGCUCGUUGAUCAGUAUCAUGUGGACGGUUUCUUGACGAAGCUGGAGCCCGUUCUGAUUCGGAAGGCGGCCUCGGCCCCAGAGUGCCGCAAUCUUGUCAUUGGGCUGAGAUAUCAGCGCCAAACUGGCUGGAAUAUGCCAUUAAGUCUCACACAUAGAAGGAGGCUUCUGCUCCGCUCUAAGGCAAAUGCUCCGAGACAUGGCCCUGUCCCGAACUUCGACAUCCUGUACCUCAAGGGCCACAGCCGUGUUGUGACUCUGAUGGCCUGCCUGGCCUGGGUGAUGAAGGUUUUUCCGAAGCUUGUGCCCAGCCUGCAAGAGAUCCAGUGCAAAGCCAUCCACCUCAGCAACGAGACGGACGAGUUGUUUUACAACUUCAAGAUCGCUUCUCGGGGCUCGAUCCGAGAACCUCCGAGCCCAAUCACCUGGGUCUAUGCUUUGACCUCGCUCAGUGGAGAUAGCUCGUCGGUCAUUAACCUGUGGAACUCGACGAGCACAAGGGCCGACAAAUUGCAGGGCGGAAAAUACUACACGGUCAAGAAUCUCCUCGAUAUGCCGGUGGAGAUGCGAACUGUCGUUUUGAAGGCUGCCAACGACAUGGGCUCUCCUUUUACAGACGACAACUUGAGCUCCAGAAAAUUGCUUCCCAACUACGUCUUCCGGACAACGAAAGCUCCGCGACAGUCCAAAUGGAACAAUGCCUACGGCACCGUCACGAAGAAAAGCGCCAUUCUCGCGAUGGAAGCCGUGGUGAACAAUUUCCUGAACUCGCCCAAAGCUCUCCGGACAAAACCCUCAAAGCAAGACCUGGAGGAGCGAACGCAGUUGUGUGCACUCGCUGCGGCUUUGGCGGAUGAAGUGGUGCAGGCUCUUCCGGAUCUGCAGAGCCGGUGGACUGCCCGAAUUCGCCAAGCCGACCCGAUGAUGGAGGUGGAACUUUCCUCAGCCCUGCAGAACAAGAGUGACAACUUCGUGCCCCGGAACGCCCCGAGCUCCUGA